AUGUCUCAUUCUCCUCCUCCCGGCCGCUACACCAAACUCCACACGUACGAAAACCUCGCCGGACCAGGCGACUCCCGCCCAACGGCCCUCCAAAUCGUCAAAGACCAAGACCUCGUCCGCAAACUCCCGUCCAAAGUCGCCCUCGUGACAGGUGUCUCCUCGGGCCUAGGUAUCGAGACGCUCAAAGCACUCGCGGCGACCGGCGCCACCGUCUACGGUACCGCGCGAGAUCUCUCCAAGGCCCGGGCCGCUCUAGAUGGGGACGAAGACGGGGGCGACCUCGCCUCGGCCCCGAACGUGCGGCUCCUCGAGAUGGACCUCGCCAGUCUCGCGAGCGUGCGGUCGGCGGCGGCGGAGUUCAAGAGGCGUAGCGAUCGGUUGGAUGUUUUGAUCAAUAAUGCCGGUGUCAUGUAUACGCCCGAGGGAAGCUGGACGGAGGACGGGUUCGAGAUGCAAUUUGGCGUCAAUCACCUCGCGCACUUUGUACUCUUCAUCGAGCUGCGGGAUCUGAUGGCCGCGUCAUCGGCGCCCGGGUCCGCGGCGAGGGUCGUCAACGUCACGUCCUCGGGACACCGGCUCCAGGGCAUGAACUGGACCGACGUCAACUUUUCUCGUCCCGGUGCCUACGAGGGGUACAAAGCCUACGGGCAGUCCAAGACGGCCAACAUCCUCAUGGCGAACGGUGUGGACCAUCGUUUGGGGGGUGCGGUCCGCGGAUACAGCGUCCAUCCGGGCACGGCGGUGACGGGGUUGCAAGUUGGGGUGAGGGAGCAGAUGGAGGCGUUGAGAGCGGACGAGGCGGCAUGGAGGACGGUCAAGAGUCCCGCGCAGUGUGCUGCCACUACUGUGUUGGCUGCGUUGGGGCGGGAGUUUGAGGGGCGGGGGCCGUUCUAUCUGGAGGAUUGCGAGGUCAAGGGGGAGACGGAGGAGAAUUUGGGGUGGGCGGGUGAAGGGUAUGCUUCAUGGGCUUGGGAUCGAGAGGAAGAGAAUCGGUUGUGGGCGUUGAGUUUGGAGAUGGCUGGGCUACGGCGGGAGGGCAGUUAG